CACGUGACGCGGCGCAGUGUGAUGACGUCCCCCUCCUUGGCCCCGCCCUCCCAUUGAUGGCGCUGUCUGGCGGGCGGUGAAGAUCACUGUGACUAUUCACCAGAGUCCGGAGAAUGGAGGACGAUACUGACGUGCCGCAGGAGAGGGAAACCAAGGAUUUCCAGUUCCGACAGCUGAAAAAGAAUCGGAUAUUCACACCGCCAGCUGAUCUCCCCAAGGAGCGUUCAAAUCUUCUUGCCGUGUCCAACAAAUAUGGCUUCCUGGUGGCCGGCGGCCCGGCGGGGCUGAAGAUUUUCCGAACUGAUGACGUUCUGGUCCCUAUAAAACCCGGGGAGGACCCCAAUAAUAUACAGCCGGGUCCUCCAGGGAUCGAUGUACCAACAAAGUAUCCUGUGCACCAUGUGGCGCUGAGCUCAGACAGCCUCACCCUGUCUGUCUGCAUGUCAUCCAGCUCACAGGGCUCCAUCAUCUCCUUCUAUGAUGUCCGGACCCUCGUGGGUGAGUCCAGACAACCUAAAGAAGCCUUCUCCUCCCAGCUGCUCUCCAGGGAGGCCGACAGCUUUGUCACCGAUCUGAAGUGGAACCCUGUGAUGUUCAAUCUGGUGGCCGUGUGCCUCAGUAAUGGCGGCAUCUAUGUCUUCAAGGUGACAGACAGCGUGGACCUGUAUGCCAACCUACCCCCCUCCCUGGGUGUGACGUGUGUGUGCUGGAGCCCGAAGGGGAAGCAACUGGCUGUAGGCAAACAGAAUGGGACAGUGGUGCAGUACAUCCCGACCCUGGAGGAAAGGAAAGUGAUCCCCUGUCCCUCGUUCUAUGAAUCUGACCCUGUGAAAGUGCUGGACAUCCUUUGGGUCAGCACCUAUGUCUUCGCCGUCGUGUACGCGGCGGCCGAUGGAUCUUUGGAGACCUCCCCGCAGCUUGUCAUGGUCUUGAUUCCGAAAAAGGAAGAGAAGCGAGGAGAACGCUUCCUGAACUUCACGGAGACCUGCUACAGCAGCUGCAACGAGAGGCAACAUCACUUCUUCAUGAACUACAUCGAAGACUGGGAUCUUCUCCUUGGGGCAUCAGCAGCCUCCAUAGAAGUCAGUGUGAUUGCCAGGCCUCCUGAUCAGAGCCUGUGGGAGUUAUGGCUGCUGGAAGACUCGAGCCGAGCAGAGCUGCCGGUGACUGAUAACAGCGAGGACACGCUGCCCAUGGGGGUUGUGGUCUCCUUCACCAGCCAGCUGAAUGUGUUUAUCAGUGAAGAGAAGAUUCUGCCUCCCACUCCGGUACUGCUGCUGCUCUCCACCGAUGGCGUCCUCUGCCCCUUUCACAUGAUCAACUCAAACCCUGUCAAAUCUCUGACCGUGAAACCGGAGCGGCUCCCUAUGGAAGGAGAACGGCAGAUUAAAACUGCAGCGCCCGUUGCUACCACCGCAGGACCUGCCGCUUCUUUCGCUAGCCCUCCUCAAUAUGGUGCAGUUAACAGCAGCGUUACUAACACGCCCCCUACUGGUUUCACUGGGAAAGUGUCUGCUCCAGCCUUCGGUCUCCCAACGUCGUCUCCUGCUGCUGCUUUCGGCGGCCCUGCAAAACCUCAGACGACCGCUCCUGUGUUCACCCUGCCUCCUGCUAGUGGCCCUGCCAGACCUCAGACGACCGCUCCCCCUGUCUUUACCCAGCCUCCUGCUAGUGGCCUUGCCAAACCUCAGACUUCUGCUUCUCCUGCCUUCACCUUUCCUGGUGCUAAUGUGUCUGUAAAACCUCAGACUACAGCUGCUCCAACCUUUGGCAUGCCAGCCGCCAGUGUCCCUGCUGUAUCUGCUCCAACCUUUGGCAUGCCAGCCGCCAGUGUCCCUGCUGUAUCUGCUCCAACCUUUGGCAUGCCAACCGCCAGUGUCCCUGCUGUAUCUGCUCCAACCUUUGGCAUGCCAGCCGCCAGUGUCCCUGCUGUAUCUGCUCCAACCUUUGGCAUGCCAGCCGCCAGUGUCCCUGCUGUAUCUGCUCCAACCUUUGGCAUGCCAGCCGCCAGUGUCCCUGCUGUAUCUGCUCCAACCUUUGGCAUGCCAGCCGCCAGUGUCCCUGCUGUAUCUGCUCCAACCUUCGGCAUGCCAGCCGCCAGUGUCCCUGCGGUAUCUGCUCCAACCUUCGGCAUGCCAGCCGCCGGUGUCCCUGCGGUAUCUGCUCCAGCCUUCGGCAUGCCAGCCGCCAGUGUCCCUGCGGUAUCUGCUCCAACCUUUGGUAUACCAUCAUCUAGUGUGCCGGCAGCUGCCCCCAAUUUCAGCUUUACCUCAGCUUCUCUCUCUGGGAAGCCCCAGCCUAGCCCCGCUUUUAGUUCGUCUUCCUCGAGUGUCCCUGGUAACCCUCCAGCCGCUUCCUUUGGUUUCGGCAUGCCUGCUUCAAAUUUUCCUCUCGGUCCUCAAGACGGUUCUUCAUUUGCAGGCAAACCCCAGCCUUCCCCCGCUUUCAGUGUUCCUUCUACUAGCCUUCCUACAGCAACACAAGCCAGCUCUUUUUCUGCCUUAUUUGGUACUUCAGCUGGGGCGGCAAGCUUUACCAAGCCAGCGGGUGCACCAGUAUCGUCCUUCACCGCGGAGCCAGCCGGAGGAGGAGCUUUUGAGGCUGCAACACCAAAGCCAGAAAUCACCAACAGUUCUAACCAAGCUGCAGAUCCCGGUGUCCAAGCAGCGUCCUCCAUCAGAGUGAACCUAAAAGACAAGUUUGGUGCCGUGGACACUCCUCAGCCUAAGCCCGGCUUCACCGUAAGCGCUCCAGGUUUUUCUUUCGCACCUCCAGCCAAGACCACAACCCCAGCCCCUCCUGGCACCAUUGCCAUGACCUCUCCAUCCCAGCCCAUGGGGACGCCCAGCAGACCGUUCUCUGAUGUUUCACAAUCCUCGCAGAGCGUUCUCCCGUCCCCAGCUGUGGCCCAGAAGGCGGCCCGUGUCUUACCAGCAGUAGCUAAGCAGGUGGCGCCUCCUCAGCCUGUAGCAAGUGGAGCAUAUGACAGAACUGCGGACAACAAAGAUCCUAUCCACAAUGGAAUAAAGGAGGAGAUCGCUCAUUUUCAGAAGGAGUUGGACGACCUGAAGGAGCGGACGGCUAAGGCUCAUUAUACUGUAGGAACGGAGGAGGAGAUGAGAAAGCUGAGGAAAGACUCUGAUGAUCUGCAGACAUUUGUUCUGGAUAUCCAGGAUACUACAAAGUCGCUCCACGGAGAUAUUUGCUCCCUGAAAACCCUGAUCAUGGAAGGCGUGGCCAAUGCCGAUAACACGCGAGAACAGAAGCAGCGACUUAGUGACCACGCGUAUCGCCGUCUCCUGUAUAAGAAGCCGCUGGACCCCAGGAGCGAGGCGCAGAUGCAGGAGAUCCGCAGACUGGACCAGUACGUAAGGUCGGAGGUUCAGGGGGUCAGCGACGUCCUGGACCUGGAGUGGGACCGCUUCGUGGAGGCCAAGAAAAAACAGAGGGGAUACGCUGUUUCGGACCGCGAGACGCUGUUUAAUACCCUCGCCAAUAACCAAGAGAUCAUCAACCAGCAGAGGCAGCGUAUUAAACAGUUGAUGGACAGCCUGUCCCAGCUGCGGCUCUACAAUUGCACUUCGCAGUGGAGCGUGAUAGGCGAAGAGUUCAGCAGCCGCAGUAAUGCUCUGGAGGACCUGCAGGACAAUUUGUCAAAGAUGAUAAUAGAUACCACAAUAAAGCCAACACCAAAGCUUCCACCCAAGUUAUCGCCGGUGAAGCAGAAUCAGCUAAGAAAUUUCCUAUCUAAGCGCAAGACCCCACCAGUUAGAUCUCUCGCUCCAGCCAAUCUCUCCCGAUCCUCGUUCCUGAAUCCGAGUUACAUAGAAGACCUGGAUGAUGUCAGUUCUUCGUCUUCUCUGUCGGAAGCAGCGGAUAUUCAAGGGAGGCUGUCGGAAGCGCAGCAAGGGGGUCCGGUCAGACAAGAGACCCCACCCCCGGAGCCGUCCCCUGUUCGCCCUGUGCGCCACGUUCCCGUAACCCGCACAGUGUCCAUGCAGCCAGGCUUUGGCUCCCCGGCUCCUCCAUUUGGAAAGGUUCCGCCCGGCUCUAGACCCAUCACCAGCACCCCCGCUGUAUCCAUGCCGCCAGUGCGGGUGAUCCCACCGGGAGCUGACAGCACCAUGUUGGCCACCAAGACCGUAAAGCACGGAGCUCCGACCGUCCCUGCAACGCAAGCCGCUGCCGCCGCCGCCGUGAGGAGACAGCAGAUCACCACCCUGGCACCAGCCCCGCUUACCGAAUCCACUCUGCAAACUGUACCCAAAGUGGUGAACGUGAAAGAGCUGAAGGGAAAUGGACCCGGACCGAACAUUCACCUAGUCAUGGGGCCCAUCUUACAGCAGUCUGCCGCCCAGGCUAAUAACCAAUCUCUGACCAAAGCGGCUACAGCUCAAGCUAAACAGGUUCCUCCUGCUGAUGGGUUGAAAGCUGCUCCUGCUCCGACCAGCGCUCCCCAGCCAGGACCAGUGUUGGUGCCCACCAUGGGGACAGGUCCAGUCUCCUCUGCGCCCGGUGCUCCGGCCAACAAGGCCUUCCUGUUCUCUUCUCCCAGUCUUUUUACUGUGAGUCCGGCCUCCACCGCCGCCUCCGCUCCAUCACCAACUUUCGGAAGCCUCGUUUCAGGAAAGGAUUCUCAUCCCCCUUCAAGCUUUCUGACUGGUCCUGGAAACAAGGCCCCAUUUUCCUCCGCACCUGAAAUGUCUGUCCCCUUCGUGUCUUUUAUGCCACCAUCCUCAUCCUCUGGUGACCCCGGCAGCUCUGGUAAACCAACCAGCACCGGUCAGGCACAAGCUGCCCCAUCACCAGCCCCUCUGCUGACCAAGGAUUCCAGCCAGCCUGCAAACUUCAUGAGCGGCGCCGGAGUAAAGCAGCAGUUUGGCUCUCCGCCGGAUAUGUCGGCUUCCUUCGUGUAUGUUAUGCCACCAUCUUCUGCCCCUGCCGAUUCCACCGCUGGCGCUAAACCUGCUUCAGCUGCGGCAGCGGUGAUCACGUCUGCACCCCCAGCCGUCUCCCCUGCAGGGUUUUCUGGUGGGGAAACUCUAGGAAGCUUCUCUGGACUGAGAGUUGGUCAGGUUGAAGACUCAUCCAAAGCCGCCGCCGCACUACAAGUUAAGGCACCAAGUGUUAGUUCCUCGGUCAGCGCUUCAAAGCCUGGAGAUCCGGCGUCCACCACCUCUGCACCGGUGCAGUUUACUGCUCCAUCAUUGGCUGGGAUAUUCACCCCUGGCGCCAAGUCAAGCUUCUCUCCUACACCGGUCUCCUCAGCGCCUCCCGCCGGCGGUCCAGCCAUUCCAGCUUCGGCAGCGUUUGGUUUCAUGCCUCCUAUAACCCAAGCCCCUGCAGCUUCAGUCCCCGUGACCUCCCCAGCUGUGACCCCCAUCAUGUUUGGAUCAGAUGUUAAACAACCGGUGGUACCAGAAAAAUCUGCUCCCGAUUCUACAGCGUCUUCCCAGUUACAGGCACUUCUGGCUCAGGCGGGUGAGGGUAGAGGAGAUCCGAGAUCAGCCGUUGGCAGCACCAUGCCCGCGCCUCUAGCUGCCCCCCCUACAGCCGCCACAUCUCCACCUGCUGCAGAAACUAAGACAUUGACUUCUCCUAUAUCCACAUUUUCAUCCCCCAUAAACUUGGGUCAGAAUCCAGCCACCACUUCCACCCCGGUAGCGGUCAGCCCGCUAACAUCUCCUGCAAACACAAGUUUACCAUCUCAGACUCCGGGAUCGGUGACCGUGGCUGCGUCAGGACCCCCGAGCACACAGAUCACCUCCGGAUCCUCUGCUCCGGGUUCUGCUUUUGCCCAGCCCCCGACAGCUACAUCUGCAGGCGCAGCAGCUGCUCCUGUUUUCGGUCAGGCUCCUCCGGCUGCUGGUUUAAGUCCUCUUCUUUUUGGCCAGCAGAGCAGCAGCUCGACCAGCACAUCUACUGCUCCUACCGCCGCGUUUGGCUCCUCCGGAUAUGGGGUGACAGAAGGAAGCGGAGGCUUCGGACAGUCCACAUUUGGGCAGACGGGGUCUUUCUGGAAGACGUCUCCUGGCUCUGCCGAUAACUUUUCCUUCAAACCCUCCGGCUUCGGGUCACAGUCGUUCUUCGGUCAGACUCCGGCCUCUACUGCUGCGGCUAGUAACAGCGCGGGAGGUAUAUUCGGGAGCUCUGCCAAUACCAGCAGUGCCAGCACCUUCUCCUUUGGGCAGCCAUCUGUCAGCAGCACCUCCACGGCUGGAGGAGGAGGCCUCUUUGGACAGAUCGCUGCUCCCGUGUUUGGUCAGAGCCCCUCCACCUUCGUUCAGGAUACUCCGGCCUUUGGCAGUGCCAGCAAUGCAGCUACAACUACCACGUCAUCAUCGGUGUUUGGCUUUGGGCAGUCUGCAGGAGGAUUCCCCACCAGUUCUGCUGGGUCCAUGUUUGGUCAGUCACAGAACAACGGCUCAAGCAUCUUCAGGCAGUCGUCGUCCUCCUCGGGGGGCCUGUUUGGCGCAAGCAUCGGUGGUACCAGCAGCGGAGGCAUCUUCAGUGGUCUUGGAGGCAAACCCAGCCAAGAAGCGGCCAACAAGAAUCCUUUCAGUUCCUCUGGGGCAGCGUUUGGCCCCUCGGGCUCCUCCAACCCCAGCAGCCUGUUUGGUAACAGUGGGGCCAAGGCAUUUGGAUUUGGCGGCCCCUCAACAUUUGGCGAGCAGAAGCCUUCCGGAACGUUCAGCACAGCUGCAGGAAGUGUCGCCUCCCAGGGAUUUGGGUUUUCCAGCCCCAGCAAAACAGGUGGGUUUGGCGCUGCUCCGGUGUUCGGCAGCCCUCCGACCUUUGGGGGAUCCCCUGGUUUUGGAGGGGUGCCAACAUUCGGCUCAGCCCAAAGCUUUUCUAGCCCUCUGGGCUCCAAUAGUGGCAAAGUGUUUGGGGAAGGUACAGCGGCCGCCAACACUGGAGGAUUCGGGUUUGGAGCCGGUGCCAGCAGUGGAGCCACAUUUGACAGCCUGGCCAAUCAGAAUGCCCCGUCCUUUGGUGCCCUCUCCCAGCCCACCGGUGGCUUUGGAGGCCAGAGUGGGGGCUUCGUAUUUGGUUCCUCCAGCAGCGGCGCGGCGCCUGGCACUAGCGGUGGUUUCCCAUUUGGAUCUAAUAACCAGUCUUCACCAGGAUUCGGAGGCUGGAGGGGCUGAGGGAAAGAAGAGGCAGAUGAUGAUGAUGAUUCAUUUCCUUCACUCUCUGUUUUUGCUUCUUAAGAUCCUAACAGCUUUAUACCGCCAUGUAGAUAUGUACCAUCUAUGGAGACCCCGCACCCCAUCCGCCACAACUCAUUUUUUACAACAUGUUACAUCAGAAUUCCCCUUGUCCAUCAAUAAAUUGCUUUUGUUUUGAAACUUU